AUGGCCGACGUCCCAGCCGAGUGCAACAUAAAGGUUCUGUGUCGUUUUCGUCCUCUCAACCAGUCCGAGAUCAUUCGGGGGGACCUCUUCUUACCCAAAUUCCAAGGAGAUGACACUGUCGUCGUUGGGGGCAAGUCUUAUGUGUUUGAUCGAGUGUUUCCGACCAACACCACCCAGGAGCAGGUGUACAACACUUGUGCCAAACAGAUUGUCAAAGAUGUAUUGGGUGGCUACAAUGGCACCAUCUUUGCAUACGGUCAAACCUCGUCCGGCAAGACUCACACUAUGGAGGGCAAGCUGCACGACCCUCAUCAGAUGGGCAUUAUCCCUCGCAUUGCGGAGGACAUUUUUAACCACAUCUUUGCCAUGGAUGAAAAUCUGGAAUUCCAUAUUAAGGUUUCAUAUUUUGAAAUUUACAUGGACAAGAUUCGUGACUUACUGGAUGUGACAAAGACCAACCUGUCUGUCCACGAGGAUAAGAACCGUGUACCCUAUGUCAAGGGAUGCACUGAGCGUUUUGUCUCCAGCCCGGACGAGGUGAUGGACGUGAUUGACGAGGGCAAAUCUAACCGCCAUGUUGCUGUUACUAACAUGAAUGAGCACAGCUCUCGCAGCCACAGCAUCUUUCUGAUCAACAUCAAGCAGGAACAUGUGGAGACCGAACAGAAGCUUUGUGGCAAACUCUAUCUGGUGGACCUGGCAGGAAGUGAAAAGGUCAGUAAGACAGGUGCUGCAGGAGCUGUGCUGGAUGAGGCCAAAAACAUCAAUAAGUCUCUGUCAGCCCUGGGAAAUGUCAUCUCUGCUCUGGCUGAGGGAACAAAAAGCCACGUACCAUACCGUGACAGCAAGAUGACCCGAAUCCUGCAGGAUUCGCUGGGCGGGAACUGUCGCACCACAAUGUUCAUCUGCUGCUCGCCCUCCAGCUAUAAUGACGCAGAAACCAAGUCCACACUGAUGUUUGGACAACGUGCCAAGACUAUCCGCAAUACAGCCUCCAUCAACUUGGAACUGACGGCUGAGCAAUGGAAGAGGAAGUACGAGAAGGAGAAGGAGAAGAACAAGACUUUGAAGGACAGCAUCCAGAAGCUGGAGGCUGAGCUCAACCGCUGGAGGAAUGGUCAGGAAAUCUCUUUAGGAGAGGAUGUACCCGAGACAGAGAGGACACAGCCGGAGAUGGUUACUCGUUAUGAGUCGAUGGAGGAACGUCCGAUUCUGGAUAAUGAUACCUCCUCCAUUGUCGUCCGCAUUUCUGAGGAAGAGCGCCAAAAGUACGAAGAGGAGAUUCGCAAGCUUUACAAACAACUGGAUGACAAGGAUGACGAGAUUAACCUGCAAUGCCAACUAGUGGAGAAACUUAAGCAGCAAAUGUUGGAUCAGGACGAGCUCUUGGCGUCUUCGCGUGGGGACGGUGACAAGGUGCAGGCAGAGCUCGGCAGGCUGCAGGUGGAGAGUGAUUGCGCCAAGGCGGAGGUGAAAGAGGUGCUGCAGGCUCUGGAGGAGCUGGCGAUCAACUAUGACCAAAAGAGUCAGGAGGUGGAGGAGAAAGGUCUGCAGAACCAGCUACUGGCUGACCAGCUGGCUCAGAAAAUGGCGAGUCUGAUGGAGCUGGAGGCGGAGCUAUCUCGCAUGCAGGAGGUGAGCGGUCAGCAGAGGAAGCGUAUCGCUGACGUCCUGAACGGACUGAUGAGGGACCUGAGCGAGUUCAGCUCCAUCGUGGGCAAUGGCGAAAUCAAGCUGCCGGUGGAGAUCAGUGGCGCAAUUGAGGAGGAGUUCACAGUGGCACGCCUCUACAUCAGCAAGAUCAAGUCGGAGGUGAAGAGCAUGGUGAAGCGUUGCCGUCAGCUGGAGAACAUGCAGCUGGAGUGCCACCGCAAGAUGGAGGAGACUGGGAGGGAGCUCUCCUCUUGCCACCUUCUUAUUUCUCAGCAUGAAGCUAAGAUCCGUUCCCUGACUGAGUACAUGCAGAGCGUGGAGCACAAGAAGAGACUGCUGGAGGAAAGUCACGACUCUCUGAGCGAAGAGUUGGCCAAGCUUCAAGACCAAGAUAAUUCUCUUCUGGAGGAGAAGGAUGGUGAGAAGGGAGAGACUGAAGAUGGAAAUGUCAAGAAGGUAACCCGCGGCCUCCAUCACAAACAACUGGCUCGUCUGCGUGAUGAGAUCAACGAGAAACAAAGGCUCAUCGACGAACUCACAGAUCGCAAUUCCAAGAUGGAGCUGGAGCUGGCUCAGAUUCGCGCCGACUUUGAGCGUCUGAAGAGCCAGGACAGCACCAAGUCCGAGCGCAUAGAGGAGCUCUCAUUCCUGCAUGAGCGCCAUGAGCAGACUAAACAGGAUCUAAAGGGUCUGGAGGAGACUGUCGCCCGCGAGCUCCAGACCCUCCACAACCUCCGCAAGCUGUUUGUUCAAGACCUCACGUCGCGGGUUAAAAAAAGUUCCGAAAUGGAACCUGAUGAUAGCGGGGGGUCUUGCACCCAGAAGCAGAAGAUUUCCUUUCUUGAGAAUAACCUGGACCAACUUACAAAGGUUCACAAACAGCUGGUUCGUGACAAUGCAGAUCUGCGCUGUGAGCUUCCAAAGCUGGAGAAACGUCUUCGGUCUACUGCUGAGAGAGUUAAGGCCCUGGAGACUGCACUGAGGGACGCCAAGGAGGGCGCCAUGAUGGACCGCCGUCGCUACCAGCAGGAAGUUGACCGCAUCAAAGACGCCAUGAGGGCGAAAAACGCCCAGAGACGUCCUCACGCUGCACAGAUUGCCAAGCCUGUGAGACCGAAGCAAAUGACCGUCUGCUCUCCCAGCAACCCAUUUUACUCGUACAUCCGGGCCACUGAGCACGCCAAUACCUACAGCAACGCCGUCUUUCAGAGCAGCAUGACGCCGACCAACUCUGCAAGCUCCAACUGCAACCCGAACUCUGUUCAGACCAACACAGUUUCCACAGCACUAGGCUACAGAGCAGGCAGAUACAAUGGAGACAUACUGGAAUCCUUCCCACUUAACAUUGACAAUGGAAACAGCAUCAGUGACACAAGAGACAUCAAUGACAACAGGAGUGAUGUGCACUGUAGCAUCGAGGUGGACGAUUCAAGCAGACACUUCAUCGCUCACCAGGAGACGGCUGCAAGUUAA